AUGGAACCGGAGCUGACCACUGCCGCUCUCCUCAAGGCUAUCCUCAACCUCACCAACCAAGUCGGGUCCUUGCAGGCCCAAAUAUCAUCCCAAGGCCAACAGCUUGCAGAGCUCAAAGCCAUAUGCAAGGAAACCAACAACCUCGUUGGUGACAAAGACCAGGGCGGAGCCCAAACCAAGCCUGGCCCAUCAACUGGGCCUGUCACCCCUCCUACCCACUCAGGGGGGGAAGCCCACACUCCAGGCACGGUUAGGCCUGGACUCAAAGCCCCAUUCCGCCCCUCAAGAGGAACAGGCUUUGACUCAGAGGACGAGGAAACAAGGCCCCCCAAAAAGGAGCCUCAGGGAACGCCUAGAAGGCACUUGGGAUCUCUCACCCCCUUUGACGCAGGGUCCAGCAUAAAACAACCCAAGAUGGAUCUCCCCGACCCCUAUAAGGGUGACACCAGGGGACAAAAAGCCACUCAGUGGCUUGAUCAAAUGAUGCUAUGGGUAGCUCUCCAUCGCAAUCAGUUUGACAAGGAAGAGCAGAUGGUUGUGUGGAUUUUAUACCACAUGACAGACAAGGCUGCCAACUGGGCCCUCCCCAUCAUUGGGAACAUCAUCAAGGGUGAGGGAAACCCUCCUACCACCAUCCAGGCCCUAACGGCCAAAUUCAAGGAGGCCUUUGCUGAUCCCAACGCCAAACAGGCCGCCGCCAGAAAAAUUGCGGCUCUCUCCCAAUCCACCACCACCUCCAAGUACAUCAUGGAGUUCCGCAAUCUCAUGGCGGAGCUAGACUGGAACAAGGAGGCCUAUAUUGCACAGUUCACGCGGGGCCUCCACUGGAAGGUCAAGGAACUGCUGUCUACCAAGGAUAGCAUCCCUGAUGAUCUCAAAGCCAUCUUUGCGGCGGCAAUUAAAAUUGACAACAUCCGCCGCAAAAAUGAGGAAAACUGGCCAAAGAAGGUUCCUGCCAAGUCCCCGGCCACCACGGCCACCACUUCCGCUAUCACCACUAGGGUCCGCCUAUCAGAAGACCCAAACUAUGUCACUCCGGAAGAACGGGACCGCCGCCGCGCGUCUGGACUUUGUGUCAAAUGCGGCCAAAAGGGGCACGGCAUCAAACAAUGCCCCAAUGGUUGGAAAGCUACCAUCAAGGAGGUAGCCAAGAAUGCGCCUAUAGAAUCUGCUGUUUCUGAAUUCGUAUCUAUUGCUCUUGAUUCAAAUAAACGCCCUCUUCUAUACAUCGAUUUAAUAGCGCAAAACUUCCCAACGGCCCCCAUCAAAACCCUGAUAGAUUCCAGAGCAACAUCCAAUUUUAUUUCCCCUUCCAUUGUCAAAAAGUACAAAAUCCCAAAAACCCAACUUGAAAAUCCACAAGUUGUGAGAAUGUUAGAUGGUACAAUUUCACAGACUGGUUGCAUAUGGCACCAGGUUCAUCUUGCGGUCUUGGCCAAUGGCCAUACACACUCCAUUCCCUUCCUUGUCUGCCCAAUUGGCAACACUCCGGCUAUCUUAGGCAUGACUUGGCUCACAUCAGAAUCCCCCCUUAUAGAUUGGCACCAAGGAUCAGUCACAUUCCCCAAACAAGUACAAAUUGCCUCCAAAGAGGAAGCAGACCCGGACCCCUUAGUAGAUCUACCCUCUCAAUAUCAUGAAUUUGCCAAGGUAUUUGGAGAAGAGGAGUUCAAAGUCCUACCUCCACACAGGGAAUACAACAUAUCCAUAGAUCUUGUCCCGGACGCCAAGCUUUCCCCUGGCCCCAUCUACGGUAUGACGGAUGCGGAAUCUAAGGCACUGAAGCAGCACAUUGAUGAGGAAUUGGCAACGGGCAAGAUUUGCCCCAGCACCUCAUCUGCCGGCGCUCCAGUCAUGUUUGUAAAAAAGGCAGAUGGAUUGCUAAGACUGGUAGUUGACUACAGGAAGCUAAAUGACGUCACGCACAAAAACAUUUACCCGCUUCCUAGGCAGGACGGCCUCAUGGCCAAACUCAGACAUGCCAAAAUCUUCACCAAAUUGGACUUGCGCUGGGGAUACAAUAAUGUUUGGAUCAAGGAAGGCAAUGAAUGGAAAACGGCCUUCAGAACCAAAUAUGGCUUAUUCAAAUACUUAGUCAUGCCAUUUGGUCUCACAAACGCCCCUGCCGCUUUCCAACAUUUCAUGAACAACUUGUUCAGGGACCUGAUAGACGUGAACAUAGUGAUCUACCUAGACAACAUCCUAAUCUUCACAGACAAACCGGAGGAACAUCCAAACCACGUGAAAGAAGUCCUGUCCCGCCUAAUGAGGAACCAACUGUUCUGCAAGCUGUCUAAAUGCCACUUCCAUGUUACCACGGUUGAUUAUCUAGGCAUUGUGAUCUCCCCUGCCGGAUUUUCCAUGGAUCAGAAGAAGGUCAAGGCCAUCACGUCAUGGCCCACUCCCAGGACAGUCAAACAAGUCCAGGCCUUCUUAGGAUUUGUGAACUAUCUCCGUCGCUUCAUCCCCAAUUUCAGUUCUGUAGCGCGCCCCUUACACCAUCUUACAAAGAAGGAGACCCCCUGGUCAUGGGGGAAACCAGAGGAGGAUGCAUUCCAGGAACUGAAAUCCCUUGUCACCCAGUCACCGGUCUUGGUCCACUCUAACCCUGAACUUCCUUACUACCUGGAAACAGAUGCAUCCGGGGUAGCCAUGGGAGCAAUUCUUAGCCAAAGAGGGGAAGACAACCGCUUACACCCGGUGGCUUACAUGUCUAAAUCCUUCUCCGGCGCCAAGGCUAAUUAUGACACCCAUGAUAAGGAGCUCCUGGCCAUAAUAAAAGCAUUAGAAGAGUGGCGGAUUUUCCUAGAGGCAACGGACAGACCAAUCCAGGUUUUCACAGAUCAUAGAAACCUGGAAUAUUGGAUGCAGGCACGGACAUUUAACAGAAGGCACGCGCGCUGGCGGAUCUUCCUGAGCAACUUCAACUUUGAGAUACACUAUCACCCAGGAAAGCAGUCAGGAAAACCAGACGCCCUGUCCAGAAGGUUGGUGUCGUACACCACUGUAAGGUUUAUGUAA